AUGGAAGAGUCGGGGGAAGGAUUGCCUCGAGAAGAGGAUAUCAGCAGACAUGAAAUAAACGAAGACGAAAAUAAAAUUGUAGUAAGAGAGGAAAGCGAAUACAAAAUAGCGAGACACCAAAAAAGAAAAAAAAAAAAUAAUAAAAUAAUUGAAAAUGAUGAAACUACUUUGGAGAAAUGUGAAAAUGAAAAAAUUGUUUUAUUUGAAAAUAAUGAAAUAGUUGAAUAUGAUGCUACUAACUUCCGGACAGGCCAUAACCACAUCGUGUUGCUUGAAGAGGAUUAUUUAAGUGUAUUGGAAUAUUUAAUUGAAAAAAAAUUCUAUCCAGAUUUACACAAAUUUAGGGAAGAUAUCACUUCAGGAAGGGAUGAAAACGGCUAUGAUCACACGCUAAUUAACACGAAUCCAUUUACCAAUUAUGAUCAUUAUUCACCUGAACAAAUCAGUAGUUUUGCAAGCCCUCAAGGGAGAAAUAGGAACUAUAGGCAAAUAAGUGACUUUUCCCCGAAUGAAGGAAUGAGAAGUUGUAGUUCUCUGGAAAUCUAUCCGUGGAGAGAUGCAAACAGCUAUUCUCAAGGUAAUAACUACGAUUGCCAAGGGAAGCAAAAUAAUCUUGAGAAUACCACCUUGAAGUUCUACAGUGAAGGGAAUACAGAGUUUCAUGAUAAGGAAUGGAAAAAUCAAUUCCUGUGUAUUCCUGAAAAGAAAUACAAAUUAGUGACUCUAGCGAAUGGAAAAAGACAUAAAAUUAACCUGAACAUGAAUCUAAGGGAUUUUCAAAAGAAAUAUACUUCUGAAGAUAAUAAAUCAUUUGAAUAUUUAUUAAGGAAUAUGAAGAAUAAGAACAUCCAGAAGAAUAUGUAUUCAUUGAUUCAACGAGAUGAACAUAACAAAAGAAUGAAAUACAUUGAAGAAUGUACAAAGAAAGGAAUAAAUUGUUAUCAGGUGAGUACAAAUAAGUCUGAAAACGAAUUGAACGCUAUGAUGUUUUCUUCAAAUAUUAAGCUUAACUUAAUGGAUAAUUGUACAGAAAAUAAAUUACAAAUAUAUCAUGAUAAUACGAGAUUUUCAAAAGAAUAUUGUGAAGAUAUUAAAAAGCAGAUAAAAGAAUGUGAACAAAUUAGGGAAUUAAAAUUGUUGAAAAAAAUGAAAGAAAGCAAAGAAGAUCAGAUGGUUGAACAAGGGAAAUUUAAUUUAUUAUCAAGAAAUAAUAAAUAUGAAUAUGUAAGGACCCCUGUAAUACACGCAGGAAAAGGAGUUGAUAAAAAUCCAAUAAUAACAUGGGGUAUUAUUGCUAGCACCCCAAUUCUGGUAGAAAGUGAAGAUGAGGAAGAAAGUGAAGAUAAUAGUGAUUCCUAUGAUUUUCAAAAUAAAACUAGUGGUAGAAAAGGAAAUAGACAAGGAAACGAUGAAGAUGAUGGUGAUGAUAAUUAUCUGCAUUCUAAUAAGGAAUUUAAUUUACAGAAAAUAAACGAUAGAGAAAUUACUGCACACAAAUUACAAGAUAGGUUAAAAAAUAUUAAAUACAAUAAGGAAUUGUUAAAGAAAAAAAAUCUAAACAUCUUAAUACAUAAAAAUUAUAGCUCACGCAUGUCAAAUACGUCAUUUAGAAAUUCCGUUCUCUCCAGGGAGAGUCGAAAACGGCUCAAUGAGUUAGCAUUAAAAUGGCCUCUGGCAUCCCAAAUUUUGAAAAACAAAAAGAGGUGA